GACAGUGCUGUAAAAUAAAUUGCUUAGAGAGUAGGGAAUCGUGGGUCGAUGCUGUGAGAACAGUAGCAGGUGUCUUUGGUUUACCAGGGAUGCCUUAACGGUGUAACAUUGGCAUGGUGAGCUGCAUGGUAGAGCCUGUGGUCCAUAUCACUAUGCUGAAACCUUUUUUUAUUUACACAGUAAGAAAUGAUGCUUUCUUCAGAGCUUAUAGAUUAUCAACAGCAAGUUGGUGCACAAUUCGAUCAUUAGUACAGAACUACUGAAGUUACGUUCUGCUGCUGUAGUGCUGCAAAGCAGAUUUCUGCUACUGCAUUCAUCGACACUGAUGCAAAGACUUAAGGACUACUGCCAUGGAUAAGAUAUUCCCAGUUUUAUUUUCACAGAGGGCUUGAAGGUAAAAUGGACAACAUGCACUGAUACUGUGGCUAGAGCUCUAUAAAAUCUUCUGGAGGUUUGAGAAGAUACUACAUUUUAGCCCCCUUUGCUGAAUGUCUGUCUCUUACAAGAGGAAACAACAGAAUUUAAUGUGUCAAUUAAUGGACUGUUGGAAAAGGCUGAUCAGGGGGUCAAUAUUGGUGAAACAGAAUAAGCAGUUAUAAUCUGAAUGCCCUGAGAAAGAAGCUUCCUCUGGAGAUGAGAUGGACCACUCUCCAGUUAUGCACCAUGAGUACUUGGUAUCGGGUAUAAGAACACCACCAGUAAGAAGGAACAGCAAGCUUGCAACACUAGGAAGGAUUUUCAAACCAUGGAAAUGGAGGAAAAAGAAGAAUGAAAAGCUGAAACAAACUUCCUCAGUGUUAGAAAAGAAGCACGCAAUUCGACAAGGGAGAGAUGAGCUGAUUAAGAAAGGACUACUGGAAAUUAUGGAACAAGAUGUAGAAGAUAAAUUAUGCAUUGCUGAUGGCACUAUGUUAGCCAUGCCAAAUGAUUCUGUGCUUCCUACAUGCCAAAUAUCAGCCUGUGAAGAAACAUUGCCAACAGACGACACAGCACUAGCAGCAGAUCGAGCCAUAUCUGAAGAGCCAUGUUCAAAUCAACAAAAGGAAGAUUCGAGUUCUAACAACUGUAGAGUCAGGGAAUCGUUUGAGUCAAGUGACACAGUAGAAGACAUCAGCCCACUUUCAGAGGAGGGUUCACAGGGUCCAUCCAUAUCAGAGCUGAAGGCUUUCUCUCAGGGUCCUACUGAAAGAAAUACAUCACUAAUUCCUAGCCCUCCACUGGUUCCACUUAUGCAGUGUAAGGCAGUCUACAGAAUAAGCAAAGCUACAUCAGGAAAUGAAGUAGACUGCUGUACUGCAAGAGCCACAUCUCCCCUAACUCUGAAGAGUUUGGUGGUUACUGCUUCAUCUCAGGUUGCAGGUCCAAUGACUCUUCCUCAUUCUAGCAUUGCUAGAGGUCCUGAAUUCCAUGGCCAUGUCAUCCGAGGACAGGUGCCGACACCAACUGGCUCUCCUCACCUGUCAGGUGUGCAUCCACCCCUACCUCCCAGCAAAGUCAUCGAAGAGCUACAUCGUGCAUUGGCUACCAAACACCGGCAAGAGAGCUUUCAUGGAAGAGAAUUAAGAAGUUCACCAAAAAGGCGAAUAGAAGGUCGAUUGACACAUGCAAAUAGCAGUGAGCAUAGUAAAGAGAAAGAGAAUGCAGCCCACUGUGAUACCGAAGCAGAGAACAGACAUAAUGCUAUUCACCAGUCUGAUGAGAACAAAGAGAACAUAAUAGUUGAGAAUGAUAUUGCAGAUUUUGUAUUGUAUCAGGAUGAAGAAAUCCUCAAUAGCUCAAUAAUAUCUGGUACUUUGCCAAGAAAAUGCAGAAAAGAACUUUUAGCAAUCAAACUGAGAAACAGGCCAAGCAAACAGGAGCUGGAAGACAGAAAUAUUUUCCCACAGAGAACAGAUGAAGAGAGGCAAGAAAUACGGCAGCAAAUUGAACUUAAACUCUCAAAGCGUCUGAGCCAAAGACCAGCUGUUGAAGAACUUGAAAGACGAAAUAUCCUUAAACAAAGAAAUGAUCAAUUAGAACAAGAAGAAAGGAGAGAAAUUAAACAAAGACUGAACAGAAAGCUCAAUCAAAGACCUACGGUUGAUGAACUGAGGGACAGAAAAAUUUUGAUCCGGUUCAGUGAUUAUGUAGAGGUUGCAAAAGCACAGGAUUAUGACAGACGAGCAGACAAGCCAUGGACGAGAUUAUCAGCAGCAGACAAGGCUGCUAUCCGAAAAGAAUUAAAUGAAUACAAAAGCAAUGAAAUGGAAGUGCACGCAUCAAGUAAACAUUUGACAAGGUUUCACAGGCCAUAGAAGUUUUCUUCUGAGAAGAAUUCCUUAAUCAGAAUACUGCUGAGCAAACACCAGGAAAAGAGAGAUCUGUCCUGAUGUCAGAAUGUGACACACUGGUACAACCUAACCAAAGUGGGCAACACAGGUGUAGACCUCGGAGGUUUUCACCCUAAGGAACAAACAUCGGGUUUGUUAUUGAACGCCUGAGAGGUCAGUGGACAGAUUCGUGCAGACAUUCAGAGGCACUUCAGAGGAGGCUGCUCUAAACUGUCAAGACCAGUUUUGAACUUUACUGCAGCAAAUCUUGGAAAAAAAGAAGUUGUGCAUGAACCAGCUUUAGCAUUCCAAGGCCUCUGCCAUCGCAGAUAUACAGCACUGUUAUUUAGUAUUAUAUCAGUGAAACAAAAAAUAUUUUGGUCCUAACACAGUGAUGUUUGUAAGCACUGUUUCACAUAUUUAUGUUUUACAUUAUACAAGAUUAUUUAAUUUUUUAUUUCUUUUGUAUAAGGAACAAGAUACAUAAGUGCAGUAUUUUUAAUUAUUGUACAUUCUGCUCUGCAAUUAAAAUGACUAAUUUAAACUGCA